AUGUGGUCCAACAUCAGUGCUGCCCCUUUUCUGCUGACUGGCUUCCCAGGUCUGGAGAUGUUUCAUCCUUGGAUUUCCAUCUCCUUCUUUGUCAUCUAUGUCUCCAUACUCCUCAGCAAUGGCACCCUCCUCUUCCUCAUCCGAGAAGACCACACACUUCAUGAGCCUGUGUAUUACUUUCUGGCGAUACUGGCAGCCACAGACCUUGGAGUGACCUUGACGACGAUGCCCACCGUGCUUGGUGUUCUGUGGCUGGAUCACAGGGAGAUCAGCCACGGAGCCUGCUACUUCCAGGCCUAUCUCAUCCAUUCCCUCUCCAUUGUGGAGUCUGGAGUCUUGCUUGUGGCCUAUGAUCGUUUUGUUGCCGUCUGCAAUCCUCUGAGAUACACCUCCAUUCUCACCAAUGCUCAGGUGGUGAAGAUGGGUCUAGGGCUUCUACUGAGAGGAUUUAUACUUGUCGUGCCCAUAAUCACCACCCUCUCUGGAUUCCCCUACUGCAGAUCCCACGGCCUCUCCCAUGCCUUCUGCCUGCACCAGGAUGUGAUCAAACUGGCCUGUGCCGACAUCACCUUCAACAGACUCUAUCCUAUAGUCCUGGUCUCACUGACUGGAUUUUUAGACUCUGUGCUCAUUCUUAUCUCUUACAUCCUAAUCCUUAAGACUGUCAUGGGAGUUGCUUCAGGUAAAGAGCAGGCUAAAGCGCUAAAUACAUGUGUCUCCCACAUCAGCUGUGUUCUGGUUUUCUACGUCACUGUGACUGGGCUGACCCUCAUUCAUCGAUUUGGGAAAUACGUGCCACAAGCAGUUCAUAUUAUCAUGAGCUAUGUCUAUUUCCUCUUCCCCCCAUUUAUGAAUCCAAUAAUCUACAGUGUUAAGACCAAGCAGAUACAGAAUGGUCUCACUCGCCUUUUCUCUUUCCAGAGACUUUGA